ACGCGAGGUGGCAACAGGGCACUAUAGGAUUUUGCGAGUGAGUUGUUGAGAUUGUCGUGCAUAGGUUGCUGUUCUUUCGUUGUGUCGUGUGUUAUGAGAGAGCGAGGUUCAGGGUUAAGUUAGAUGGGGAGGGUUUUUCUUCUUGAUUUGGAUGGCAGAUCUUACAGAUGCAGAUUCUGCUAUACACCUCUUGUCCUUGCUGAUGAUGUUCUCUCUCGGUCCUUCAACUGCAGUCGAGGGAGGGCUUACCUUGUCAGCAAUGUGGUGAAUAUAAUGCUUGGGCCUCAGGUGGAGAGAUUGAUGAUGUCUGGAAUGCACACAGUUGAAGAUGUAUUUUGUUGCUGCUGUGGACAAAUUCUCGGAUGGAAAUAUGUUGUAGCACAUGACAAGAAUGAAAUGUACAAAGAAGGGAAGUUUGUGCUUGAGAGAUGGAGGAUAGUUGACGACGCUGCAGAGGAAUUAAAUCCGGAUGCUCGUGCUGGUUCAAGUGAUUCAGAAAACGCCUAGCAAGUUGUUUUUUUCUUCUUGAGUUUAAGUAUUAUAGCUAGCAAAUAUAUUAUACCCCUCUAGACUCUAGUGUUCAUCAAGAUAAAAUUUAACAAAGAAACUCCUUAGUUGGAGCAACUAAAUAAUCUCCAUCAUUUAUUAGUCUUAAGAUAGCGCACUGGAUCUUGCUAUAUAUUUAUGGAGAGCAUAUAAUAGGCAUAUCCUGAGGAAACAUCCUGCAUUUCCAGCGGGUUGGAAGUGCAAUUCAUCAUAUUUUAUUAGUCGAACUUAACAUUUUUACUUUUCUUGGUCUCAACAAUAAUUCAGAUAUAUGUGGAAA